AUGAAAGUUCUGGAUCAUUUAAAAAAUGCAAGAGCUCAUAGUAACAUUUCAAGAAGUGAUAAACAAGACUAUAAUGAUGAAAGUAUUAUAAGGGAAAAUGAAUUUUGGGAACCAAGUGGUAGGCGAAUUUACAAAGGGGAGAGGACAAAGAUCAAAUACUUUCCAUUUAUGGCCAGUGUGCAUAUCUUCAAUAACUUUCAUUGCGCUGGAUCUAUUAUCAAGUCCGAUCUUGUUAUUACCGCUUCUUCAUGUUUACAACUGGCAUGGAAUAAUCGUUUGUUUCGUGAAAAUCCAGCAUUCCUCUCCGUUAGAGUUGGCAGUUCCUUUUAUAGUGGCGGUGGUGAAGUUAUUCCGGUCCUGGAAAUCUACUUCCACCCUUUGUAUGAUCCAAAGUCUUUAAGAAACAACUUAUGUAUCGUGCGACUAGUUCGGAGACUAAAGUUUGGCAAGAGAGUCAAAAGAGUAAAGAGAAUAGACAUCGAUAGACACCCAUGGAGUCUACCUUUGACUACUCCUGGUAUCACUAUUUUAGGGUGGGGUGCAAAAGGACGCGAUGUUGGUGGUCCUGGAGUUGUAGAUGGCAAGCUCAUGGGAGUGAUAAGUUUUGGCUCACCCACAUGUGGGACUCCAGAUGCACCGACUGUUUUUACUAAACUUGGCUUCUACACCGACUGGAUAGAGGAGAUUAUGGAGAAAAAAGUACCAGUUACACUUAAAAAAACAACAGAGCAACCACCUUUCGACGUUUACUCUUUCUUACCUAAACGCAGACCGACCACAACAACAUUCAAAAUACCUCCACUCACUGGAAAGAAGUUAGAACCACUGUCUAUACUUGACAUUGACAAAGCAUUAAGAUUAUUGGAUGAAAAUUUAUUUAAAGAAUUUUUAUCCACCAUGUUUACGAGCGGCGAGAUAGAAACUUAUCGAAAUAUUAUAAAACACGAAAAAGAUGUAAUGCGUGAUGAUGGUAUUAAAAGUACAACUGAAAAAGAUAUAGUUACUGGAGGUUCCUUAAGUGUAGAAAACGAGCCAAAACUGGUUACAAGGAUUCUGAACUAUUCUGAAGAAAUCAAAGAUAUAACACAAUCUAUAGAAUUAGAAAGAUCACAAACAGAAGAAAAAAAUUCCAAGGAAAAUUCUCACGAUGUUAAUUUUGAAAUUUCAAAAAUGGAAGGUCGUUCACAGUCUAUAGAGAGACUCAACGAUGACCAUCAGCCUUUAAAACAUAUUAAGAAUUCCAAUGUGGAAAGUGAAAUAGCCCAAUUCAUGAAAAAUAUCGACUUGAAAAAAAUAAUCGAAGAAGAAGUAAUGGUUACUCCUAAUAUUAAAUUGGAUACAAAAGGAAAGAACGAAUCCGUUGUAACAUUUCUUUAUCUUAGUGAUAAUGAAAAAUCUAAGGACGUUGUAGUUCCUGAAGAAAAUGGCCUAAGUAUUGCGACAAAUGAUGGAUUCAUAGACAUGACAAGGAGUAAUUCCAAAAACAAUUAUAUUGUACCGGAAAAUGAAAUGUUGGGAUUAGUUUCUGAAGCUAUUGAAAACGAAUUAAAAAACAACAAUUAUAAGUUAUCAUCUACAGCCUCUACUACAUUCUACAGUCUACAUCUUUUCCUAGACAGGAAAAUAGUUUCAGAAUCAAUAAAUACAAUGGCCAAUCUAUUGCUACGCAGAGCAAUAUUAGACGCAGUCCGAGUACCAGCUGGUACUAGGUCUGUUAGUGAACUAGCUAAGAUUGGUAACCGCGAGUGGGUAGGUUACGGUUACAAUGGUCAACCCAACUAUGUAGACAGGCCAGACUACCCUCUCCCUGCUGUCAGGUUCCGUGUUGAGACACCCGAUGUCAAAGCCCUUCGUGAAAAAGAAAAGGGUGACUGGCACAAAUUGACUGUGGAGGAAAAGAAAGCUCUCUACAGAGCCUCCUUCUGCCAGACCUUUGCUGAAUUCCAGGCCCCUACUGGACAGUGGAAAGGCGCCCUUGGCUGGUCCCUCGUCAUGGCCUCUCUGUCGUUAUGGAUCUAUAUGGGUGUCAAAUUGUUUGUGUACAGCCCAUUGCCUGAUUCAUUCAUGGGACUACGAAAACAACCGUUGGAAGUAAAUGGUUGCUACGUGGAAGCAUAUGUGUCGGCGUAG